GCCAGGCCUUGCAACUCACCUGGGAGCUGACGCCCUGUCCCGGAGCCUGGAGUGCCCGCAGCCCUGCCGCCCUGGACACCAGGUCCCCAAGAGCUCCUGGUCAGCAAGAGACACCUGACCUAAGUGAGGCUGGUUGGAAGCCAGAGUAAACUGCCAGGUGCCUGGACAUGUCACAGGUGAUGUCCAGCCCCUUGCUUGCAGGAGGCCCUGCAGUGGGCUUGGCUCCCUGUGAGGAACCCAGGAGGGCUCUGCGCCCAACACCCAGCCCCGGCCUGCCGCCCCAGUAUCCUUACUACACCACAGAAGGCUGGGGAGCCCAGGUCCUGAUGGCCCCUGCAUCCUGCAAGGGGCCACCCAGCAGGCUCCAGCAGGCCCCGCAGGCUGGAGCCAAAGCCAGCUGCCUGCUGCCGUCCCCCGGGGAGCAGACCUCAGGGGCCUUGGAAGAGCUUGACUCCUACAUUGACUUCUCACUGGAGAGCCUCAACCAGAUGAUUCUGGAACUGGACCCUACCUUCCAGCUGCUCCCUCCAGGGCCUAGCAGCCCCUGGGCUGAGCCCACCCAGAGCACUACAUCAAGGAGAAAGAAAGAGGAACCUGAAGCCUUGGAUAUAAAGUACAUCGAGGUGACCUCCGCCAGAUCAAGGUGCCACGAUGGCCCCCAGAGCUGCUCCAGCCCGUCUGUCACCCCGCCCUUCGGCUCCCCCCGCAGUGGCGGCCUCCUCCUUUCCCGGGACAUCCCCUGGGAGACCCGAAGCAGCAGCGAGAGCCUUAUCUUCUCCGGGAGCCAGGGUAGGGGCCACCAGCGCCCCUCUCCCCCCGCCGGGGCGCCCUCCUCUCUUCCUCCCUCGUCUCCCAGCAUCUCCAUCCCUUCUAUGCGGCACAAGGCCUCAGGCCCCCCUGGCUCGGGCUCCCCACUGGUGGCUUCCCCAGGCCUGGAGAAGGGGGUUGGGGGCCCGGCCCCACAGCUGGGCGGCAGAGUCUCUGUGCUGUCAUCCAGCCCGGCGUCGGAUGUCAGCUGCGUGUUUGGAAGCAGCCAGUCCCUCCUCCACUCCAGCCUCUCCAGCCACCAGUCAUCUUCUAGAUCCUUGGAAAGCCCAGCCAGCUCUUCUUCCAGCCUCCACAGCUUUGGCCCAGUGUCCUCGCAUACGAGAUCCAGUGACCUCCAGGUCCCCAGCAACCCCACCCCAAGCAUGGGCCAGCCCAGAGCACCCCACGCCCCAUCACUGGCCAAGGAACAUGCCAGCAGCUGCCCCCCCUCCAUCGUCAACUCCAUGGUGGACAUACCCAUCGUGCUGAUCAACGGCCAGCCAGAACCAGGAUCUCCCCCAUGCCAGAGGACCCGAGGACACCAGGACUUUGUCCGACCUGAGGUUGCUUCUUCCAGCAACCCCUGUCCAGCCACCAGGAGCCACAGCCAGACCCUGCCAGAUGCCCCUCUCACCACAUCCCCAGAGGGACCCACCAGGGACAUGCAGCCCAGCAUGAAGUUUGUGAUGGACACAUCUAAGUACUGGUUCAAGCCAAGCAUCACCAGAGAGCAAGCCAUUGAGCUGCUGAAGAAGGAGGAACCAGGGGCUUUCAUCGUGAGGGACAGCUCUUCAUACCGAGGCUCCUUCGGCCUUGCUCUCAAGGUGCAGGAGGCCCCCGUGCCUGCGCAGAACCGACCAGGCGAGGACGGCAGCGACCUCAUUCGCCACUUCCUCAUUGAGUCUUCUGCCAAAGGGGUGCAUCUCAAAGGAGCAGACGAAGAGCCCUACUUCGGGAGCCUCUCUGCCUUCGUGUGCCAGCACUCCAUCAUGGCCCUGGCCCUGCCCUGCAAACUCGUCAUCCCACAGAAAGAAUUGGGAGGUGGAGACGGAGCCUCAGACCCCUCUGCGGACGGCCGGGCUUCCUGCCUGAAGAAAUCUGCGGGCUGCCACGCCCUGUACCUGAGCUCGGUGAGCGUGGAGACCCUGAGCGGAGCUCUGGCCGUGCAGAAGGCCAUCACGACCGCCUUGGAGACAGACGUCCUCCCCACACCCACCGUGGUCCACUUCAAAGUCACCGAGCAGGGCAUCACCCUGACCGACGUCCAGAGGAAGCUAUUUUUCCGGCGCCACUAUCCCCUCGCCACCCUCCGCUUCUGUGGCAUGGACCCCGAGCAUCGGAAGUGGCAAAAGUACUGCAAGCCCUCCUGGAUCUUUGGCUUUGUGGCCAAGAGCCAGACGGAGUCACAGGAGAAUGUGUGCCACCUCUUUGCAGAGUAUGACCCGGUCCAGCCAGCCUCGCAGGUCAUCAGCCUGGUGGGUGCUCUGCUGCAGGACCCAGAAAAGAUGUAGGGGAGGGAGCAUCAUCUGCACCUUCGCAGACAUCCCAAGGGGCUUGCUCAGCAUCCCCCCGCCCGCCCCCCCGAACAAGGAGCCUGUCUCCAUACAAAUGGACCAAUGCACUGCACUGCAGGAGAACUGUACCAAGUUGAAACCCUUGAACUCACUAUGACCUUUGGCAGUGACCUUCAUCCAAACCCCCCUGAGCCUCGGUUAACUCACCCUUAAAGAAGGCCAACAGAUAGAAACAGUUGUUCUUCUUAGAUGUCAGUGGUCAGCUUAACAAGCUCCCUAGGACUCUGAACCACAUCCACGUCUGAGGACUCCCCCACAAAAACAACCUCUGAAGACCCUGCCUCCCUCCACCUGGACGCUACACACACAGCAGCCUGAGCUGGAGACCUGUGACCCUCGUUUUAUGGCAGAUAGCAGGUGCUGGGUUGGGAGCCACAGGCCCUGGUCCCAGGCUGGCCUGAGAGCAGGUGGUUGGCAAGGAUUGAAGACCAAAGGAGGAAUGGACUGACUCUCUUUCCCUCCAUCUCUGUUCGUUUCCCCAUUUCUCUGAUGGCUUCUUGAGCUGCUAUUAUCAGAACAAAGCUAGAUCCGCCUGCCCUGGAUUCGUCAGGCUGGGAAGCUUAGCAAGUGGGAACUUGCCCCCAUGGUCAGAGAUGACCCAGCUGCCUUCAUGAGUUUGAUAUCUCAUCUCCUCUAUUGCAAGUGAAUAUCAGCCCCAUCUCUUCUUUUUUUAUUUUUUUUAGCUCCAUCUCUUCUUGCAAUUUCUCAUAAGCGUGUGUCCCUUGAAGACACACACCCACACACACACACACACCCCCACACCCACCCAUGGUGCUGUGGUGGCAACUGGCCUCAUAGCCACACGAGGGCAGCAGAGAGUCAGGAAUGCAAAAACAGGCAGCCACCCCAAGAGGCUUAGAGAGGUUGGGUGGUCUCACCAGCCCCACCCCGACCCCAUCAAGACCCCCAAGAAGCUGGAAUUGUUUGUCUAGCAUGUCUGGGGUCCUGAGGAAACCGCACUAGGAGGGUAGAAGAGGAGACUCGGUGAAGGAGCCCAUUUUCGCUCCGUGAGGGACAAGGGCUUGCCCCCGCCCAGCUGGGGCCCCUGCCAGAGAAUCAUUAUCUUUGGCCAAAGCUGGGCCUGACGGGUUAUUAUUUCAACCCAGAAAACCAAACCGGACUGAAGCGGCCCUGGGCUGGCGGGACUGGCUGAGACAAGCCCACCCAGCCCGCGGUCAGGCACUGCCCCACCCCGGAGACCACAGAAUGUCAGAGAAGGUUCUCAAGGUCGCAGUGCCCAAAUGCUCAAGGUCACAGGCUGGGGCCUGGCAGAGAGCCUCCUCCCACCUCCACCCCACCCCACCCCACCCCAAUAUACCCAUGGGUGCCUCGCAGCUCCUGUCAUGGAAAAUAAAGUAUCUGGCUUUUUUU